UAUAAAUUUCCAAAAAGGCCCACGCGCUUUUCUUCUCUCUUGCUCUACGCUUCUCACCCUUCGGAAGCGUAGUUUUCUCUCAGAAGGGUUGUACGGUCUCAGAUCCCAUUUCUUAGAGUUCUCUUUCUCUCCUUCGACAUUUUUCUCAAUUUCACUCAGGAGUCUGUUGUUUGUUUUUCGUUGCCAUGGCUGCUGUUGCUGCUUCUUCAGGCCCCAGAUAUGCUCCGGAAGAUCCAAGUCUUCCCAAGCCUUGGAAAGGACUUAUUGAUGGUAAAACUGGAUAUCUUUAUUUUUGGAACCCGGAGACCAAUGUGACCCAAUAUGACAGGCCAAUAGGAUCCGCUUCUUCUCAGAAGUCAGCUUCAACGGCUUUAGGUUCUUCCGUGGGAUCCGCUCCUUCUCAGAAGUCAGCUUCAACGCCUUUAAGUUCUUCCGUGCACGUUCAACAAUCUUCUCAGGGACCACGUUUGGGUGCUAGUUCUAAUGAGGACAAGGAUAACUAUGAUAGGGGUAACAAUGAUUCGUCAAGAUUUGAUGUAAGGAGUCAGCAGACACGCGGUGGAAGUACUUCAUCUCAAUUUGCUGCUAGAGGUGGAACUGUAUCUUCUGCCACCACUCCAAAUGGGACACUAAGUACUGGACCUGGAGGACCUUCUAGAGGACAGGGAACAUCAGAUGGGGGAAGUGGUUUGUCUCCUGAGGCUUAUCGUCACCGGCAUGAAAUAUCUGUUUCUGGUGAUAAUGUGCCAGCACCUUUUACAUCAUUUGAAGCUGCUGGUUUUCCAUCUGAGAUGCUUAGAGAGGUACACAACGCAGGGUUUUCUGCCCCAACCCCAAUUCAGGCUCAAUCAUGGCCUGUUGCUCUUCAAAGCAGAGAUAUUGUGGCUAUUGCUAAAACUGGAUCAGGGAAAACCUUGGGUUACUUGUAUCCAGGGUUUAUGCAUCUUAAGCGCUGUCACAAUGAUGCUCGAUUAGGUCCUACUGUACUGAUAUUAUCACCCACUAGGGAGUUGGCUACACAGAUACAAGAUGAAGCUGUGAAGUUUUCAAAGACAUCAAGGAUAGCAUGUGUGUGUUUGUAUGGAGGAGCCCCUAAAGGUCCCCAACUGAGAGAUAUAGACAGAGGAGCAGACAUAGUUGUAGCCACGCCUGGCCGCUUGAAUGAUAUUCUUGAGAUGAGAAGGAUCAGUCUCCAUCAAGUUUCUUACCUUGUGCUUGAUGAGGCUGAUCGAAUGCUUGACAUGGGUUUUGAACCUCAAAUACGGAAAAUUGUGAAGGAGGUGCCUACUCGCCGCCAGACUCUAAUGUACACCGCAACAUGGCCGAAAGAGGUUCGGAAGAUUGCAGCAGAUCUACUUGUUAAUCCUGUACAAGUUAACAUUGGCAAUGUUGAUGAGCUUGUUGCAAACAAGUCAAUCACACAGCAUAUUGAAUUACUGGCACCGCUUGAUAAACACAGAAGAUUGGAACAGAUACUGCGCUCUCAAGACCCAGGAUCAAAGGUCAUUAUUUUUUGCUCAACCAAAAAGAUGUGCGAUCAACUUUCUCGUAACCUUACACGCCAGUUUGGAGCUGCUGCCAUUCACGGGGACAAAUCUCAGAGCGAGAGGGAUUUUGUCUUGAAUCAAUUUAGAAGUGGUAGGACUCCAGUGCUUGUAGCCACUGAUGUUGCAGCUAGAGGAUUAGACAUUAAGGACAUCAGGGUGGUUAUUAACUAUGACUUCCCAACGGGAGUGGAGGAUUAUGUUCAUAGGAUUGGAAGGACUGGAAGGGCAGGUGCUAGUGGACUGGCCUAUACAUUCUUUGGUGACCAAGAUGCCAAGUAUGCUUCAGAUCUCAUCAAAGUGUUGGAAGGGGCCAACCAGAGAGUCCCUCCAGAAAUUCGUGACUUGGCCUCACGUGGUGGUGGGAUGAACAGGUUUAGACGGUGGGGUUCUGGUGGUCGGGAUGGUGGGCGUGGGGGACGCAGUGAUUCCAGCUAUGGUGGAAGAGAUGGAGGAAGGGGAGGUGGAUUUGGAUACUCUUCUAACAAUAGUGGAGGGCGUGGGUUUGACAGUGGUUCACGUGACAGGUAUAUGAGGUUUUAUUUUUUUGCUCACCUGAGAUUUCUUGUUGUCUCGUAUGUGUGCUUCAUGAAAUGUGUGAUGCUUUGUGUUAUAAAGACUGAUGGUUUAUCCUUUUUUUGGCUGGCCAGGGUUGAUCGUGGUUACCAGAAUGGGUAUGAUCGGGCCCGUAGUCGCAGUCGAAGCCCAGUAGGCUGGAGUAGUCGCAAUCGUGAACGCAGUCGUAGCCCAGACAGGGCUUCACGACCAGUACGGAGUUUCCAUGAAACAAUGAUGCAAAAAGCUAAGUUAUCUUCACCUGCUCUAAAACCGGGUUUCGAAAAGGAAACUUUUGGAGGACCUCCUGGAGCAGGACAUGUUAACGGAGGAGGGGCUCAGUGUGCUAACUACGGGGAAGAAGCAGAGGAAGGCAUGAUACCCCAAGACGAGUAAAAAACUGGUAAAAGGGGUAGCUUUCAUUACACCGCAUUUUUUGUCUGUUUCUUUUCGUAAUGCUGUAAGUGGAAGUAGGGAGGACUGCCUGUUACAAGGGUAAACAUUGGUUUGUGGAUUUGACCCCUACAGUGGUGUUGGAAGAUGAAAUUUUUUGUUACUAGAUUUUGGGGGACACUAUUUACUUAUUUAGCCAAUAGGUUUUCCUAGAGACCAAGACCACCUCCUCUUAACUCUCUUCCCUAGAGAAAAGGAUUCGGGGAAGGAAGCAAACAUAGUUAGCCUAAUCACGUGGAUGUAUUUAAUCCCUGUGUACGUACGUAGUAGUUCCUCUGUGACUUUGCAGACUUUGGUUACUAAAUUUAUAUAUAUAUUUUUUCUUUCCAAAA